AUGAUACUGGUGGCAAUAAUGGCGGAACUACUGGAGGAAUAUACGGCUUUGCUAGCGAGGAUGCUGGAGCAUAUGUUCCAAUCGGCGCCUUUUCCAGGUCGAGUUCGUUUUCUGAUACUUCGCAACCUUCCUUUCGUUUCCUAUGGCUAUGCUCCUCCUCUCAUUCGUGCCCCUCCUGCUUGAGUCUUGAGAAUUUAGAUUAGAUUUAUUAGAUGCAGGAUUUCUUACUUGGUUGUGCAUAGUUCAUUCUAUACACUUUUGUUUUUGUAUGUAACCUAUGUUACUUAUCCGCACUAGUUCUUUUUUAAUUUGCUUGUUUGUUAAUCUUCGUGAUUCCAUUUAAAACAGGGAGUGGAUAUUGAUGUUCUGGAUC